CGCUGGUUGCCAUGGAAGCUGCCAAGAGUCGAAAGUAUUGGGAUAUGAUUGCUUCUGUGUAGAUGUUUGCACCCAUAAACUUUUCACUGACUGCCCCCGGAUCAGAGAAAAAAAAUUAACAGGUGUCAUCGCCUUUGAAGGAAGGAGUUGGUGCAUUGCCCGGCCCAGCAAGCGGCCGCCCCCGGCUCUGUUUGUGGAGGGCCGCACGGCCUGGAGCCUCUCUCGGAUUCACCGCGGGGAAUUGGAGGGAUUCCGCGCAGGGAGCGAACAGGAUGAAUAACGGUGUCCUGUACGUCCCGCCCGUCAGCAGGGACCGAGUCAUCUCCAGGUUCCCCAAGUGUUAUAGACCUGAGGCCUGUCUCCAGUUUAAAGAUCAUUUCCAAGUUGAAGUUAAAUAUGCCUGCAAAGGACGACAAACUAGAAAUGCUGGACUCAAAAUAUCAAAGGUGGUGGUAGUUGGGGACCUUUAUGUGGGAAAGACAAGCCUGAUUAACAGAUUUUGUAAAGAUGUGUUUGACCGAGACUACAAGGCCACAAUUGGAGUUGAUUUUGAAAUUGAGCGGUUUGAAAUUGCUGGAGUCCCAUUCAACCUUCAAAUCUGGGACACAGCAGGGCAGGAGAAAUUCAAGUGCAUUGCCUCUGCCUAUUAUAGAGGUGCUGAAGUCAUAAUAAUAGCCUUUGACCUGGCUGACAUACAGACCCUGGAGCACACAAAGCAAUGGCUAGAGGAUGCACUGAAAGAGAAUGAUCCGGGUUUAAGUUCCAUAUUUCUUGUUGGAUCUAAGAAGGAUUUAUUAUCACAGGCUGAAUGUGAAAGAACAGAAGCUGAUGCUAUGAAAGUAGCUACUGAGAUGCAAGCAGAGUAUUGGUCUGUGUCUUCUAAGACAGGUGAAAAUGUGAGGGAAUUCUUCUUCAGAGUGGCAGCCCUGGCAUUUGAAGCAUCUUUGCUAAAAGAGUUGAAAAAAAAUGACUUGCCCACUGCGAAGAUUGGUGAGGGAAGCACUAUCUGCAUUGAAAGAGCCACCACUGAGCACCUGGAAAACACAUCAAGCUCUACCACUGGCUGUUGCUGAAGUUCAAUUGUCAGCCCUGUGUGAAGUUGUGUGCAUGCUGUGUUGGGUUUCAGGAUGUAAACAAUACAUGGACUGCAAUCUGAUAUCAGGUCUGGACAUGCAUUACUUGUGAUUUGUAUAAACAGAAAAAUAAGGGGAUGACUGGAAAUUUCAGAAACCAAGUUAAAUGAUCUGAAAUAAAAAUCAAAUCCUAGAUCUCAUUUUUUAAGAAAUCAUUAAUAGCAUCAAUGUAACUACUUUAUAAAGAUAUAUAAAGCAAGAAUUUAAACAGUAGUUAGCACUGAUAAUCAGUCAUUUACUAAUUUGGAUUAGGGAUUAUUCAGUUACCAGUACUGCUCAUGUCAAAUGUCACUUCUAUGCAACUUAAUGCCUAUAAACAUCA